AAUCGAAUUUCGAACUUAGAAAGAAUGUAAAUGUGGCGGUUGAUAGGUAAACAAAGAUUUUGCUUAGAAUUCAUUUGCAGAUAAAAAGUUUUAGCCAACAAUUUGCCGGUGAUGAAAAGUGCGUUAAUCAAAUAGAACGAAAUAUAGAGUAGCUUAGAAAUGGCGUCGGUUAAAGUGAAUAGUAGUGGCAGUAAAACAUCAACCGACUCCGAUAAUCCACCUGAAUUACGAAUUCUUUGCUUUAAUCUUACCUACUACAACCGCACCACACAAUUCCUUUUGAGCUGUGCAGGUGUUUUUGUGCUAUACCUUAUUUAUGGGUAUCUGCAGGAACUAAUUUUUACGGUUGAAGGUUUUAAGCCGUACGGAUGGUUUCUCACACUUGUACAAUUCGGUUAUUACAUUUGUUUUGGUGUAAUUGAACGCGAUCUAGAAACUAGACGUAGAGCUCAAUUACUACCAGGAGGUAGUGUUGAGACAUCUGAGCGUCGUAUACCAAUGCGUACUUAUUUUCUACUUGCCGCACUAACACUCGGCACUAUGGGACUGUCAAAUUCUAGUCUGGGCUAUCUUAACUACCCCACGCAGGUGAUAUUCAAAUGUUGCAAAUUGAUACCAGUGUUGGUGGGCAGCAUUUUGAUACAAGGAAAGCGUUAUGGGCCACUUGAUUUUGCUGCCGCUUUUGCCAUGUGCAUUGGACUGGCCUGGUUCACCCUAGCCGAUUCGCAGGUCUCACCAAAUUUCGAUCUCACCGGUGUCGCCAUGAUAUCAGCGGCACUGCUUUGUGAUGCAGCUAUCGGUAAUGUGCAGGAAAAAGCAAUGCGAGAACAUAAAGCGUCCAGCAGUGAAGUUGUGCUUUAUUCCUAUGGGUUGGGUUUUAUUUACCUGUUGGUUAUACUGAUGGUGACUGGUAAUUUUUUCAGCGGUUUCGCCUUUUGUCUUGAGCACAUAGUGGAAACUUUCGGCUAUGGCUUCUUCUUCAGUUUAUCAGGUUAUCUGGGCAUACAGUUUGUGUUGGCUUUGGUGCGAAGCAGUGGCGCGCCAGUAGCUGCCACCGUGACGACAGCAAGAAAAGCUGUAACGAUCGCAUUAUCAUUUGUUUUCUUCAGUAAACCAUUUACCUGGCAAUACCUCUGGUCAGGCUUAGUUGUGGUAUUGGGCAUAUAUUUAAAUGUGUACAGCAAAAAACACAAAAUGACUAUGCGCGAUUUUCAACAAAAGUUCAAGUAUGCGCUUAACACCUUCAGAGUUUGGGAGCGUUCUUCAAGCCGCAAGUUCUUAGUAGAAGUUUAAGCGUGUAAAAAUUUAUAAAUAUCUUUUACGUGAAAAGGUACAUUAAAUAGUAAAAUUGUAAAUGUUUGUUACUAUAAUGAUACCAAAAUUAGUGUAGUAAUUGCGAGUAGUUCGAUUUGACAACAAACACUUUCUAGCUGUAGUUUUGACUUUAGCCCGUAGUGAGUAGUAGUAAU